GGCGCCGCCUGCUCUCGUACGUGGGUCGACCAUGUUCUGGCUCGGAGUGGUCGUGGUCUUUAUUUUGGCACAGUCGAAGCAGGGGUGGAACGAAUGGGGGUUCCGGAUCACUGUCAUCUUGAGCUUAGGGGCAAAUCUGGUGGUCGCCAUCGUGUCCGGGACACGGCGGCGCUCGACACGCCCCGGCUUGUGGUGGGGGUUCCUAGGCCUGGCGGCUCAGUUUUCCCUCUGGGGUGCGUACCAGCUCGCCGAGGUAGCCUCGACGAACGCAAUCGGUAGCCUGUCCCUCAGCGGCACCGAUGCGUCGGAGGAGGAGCAACAGGUGGCCGCGUUCUGGGGCCUGUUCCUCCUCCUGCACCUGGGCGGCCCGGACAACCUGACUGCCUACGCUCUGGAGGACAACAAGAUCUCCAAGCGCAAAUGGAUUGAGUUAGUCUUCCAGAUUCUGGGGAUGUGUUAUACCAUCUACAACAACACGCAUCGCGGCGCCCGCAGCUGGGGUCUGCUGCUCGCAGCGUACGUCCUCAUGAUCUUGGCCGGCAGUGUCAGGUAUGUGGAGAGGGCGAUGGCGCAAAACAAAGCCAACUUGGACAAGAUGCAGGAGGAGGCCUCGUCAAGCGGCGGCAGCAGCAAGGACGACGACAAGAUGGAUUAUUCACCGAAAUGCAGAAGGAUCGAGGCUGGGAACGCCUCGCGGUCAAGCAGCAGCAGCAAGGACGACGCUAAGAUGGCAUAUUUGAAAUUCAGAAUCGAGAAGGAGAUAAAGAGGCCGGGGCGGUCGCUCAGCGACCGAGAGGCGCUGCUCCUCGCUCAGGACCUGUUCCCCGUCUGGCGCCAUGCCCUGGUCGAUUCUUCCGUCGAUCCUGAUUCAAAAAGGCAACAAGCCAGCGAGGCGAUGCUGACCUCGCCGGAGUGGGACUGGGAGAGCAGGUGCCAGGUGGCCGAGAUGGAGCUCUCCCUCAUCUACGAGUUCCUCUACACCAAGGCGAUCCUGGCGCACAGCUGGACCUGGCGCUACUACCUCAUCCGCUUGCUGUCGCCGCUCUCCACUGCCGCCGCCGCGUUCCUCUUCAGCUCCUGGCUGCUCCAUCCUGAUGAUAAUGGCUGCCGCCGGGUGGUCUGGGGAUCCUUUGUCGGGAUCACCUACGCCCUGCUGACCGUCACUUUCCUCAUGGAUGUCGCGUGGCUGCUGAGGGCCCUCGGGUCCACAUGGGCGUACGCCUACCUACGGGAGCUCGCCGGCGGGGCCGGAACGAGACGGUGGUGGUGCAGGCUCCACCGCAUGGUCGUCCGCCUGGACCCGUUGCGGCUAUUCGGCCGCGACCCGGUCAGCCACAGGCUGUGGUCGGGCACCAUCGGCCGGUACAACUUGCUGCACGAGUGCAGUGGAGCUCGCGGCCCGUUUCGUCCAGAGUGGUGGCCGGUGUCCAAGGCUGGAGACGACAAACCCAAGGAGAUGCGGUAUCUGCAUAAGCUUCCUAAAUGCGUAAAGAGAUUGCUGUUCGAGCGAGUGACGAAAAUAUUGCAGGAGGCCAUUGAUAAGCAAAAACUAAAAAAGGAUGCUGACAAGAACAAGAACAAGGACGAGGACGAGUACAAGAAGAUGUACAGCAGGGAGGACAUCAGGACACACUGGGGCCAGAAGGCCUUCCUCAGUGCACAUGAACAAGUCAGAAAAAAUAUCAAAGCCAAUAUCGAAUCGAAUGGAUUGAAAAUUAGGACGCCGUGGGACGAGGGUGCUGAGGCGACCGCGCCGCCGUGGGACGAGGACGAGAGGCGUCCUAUGUUCGGCACGGAAUUCGAGGAGGACGUCCUCUUGUGGCACAUCGCCACGUGCAUGCUCCUCCCGCACAUCAGACGGAGAGGAAGUACUACACCACAUGCGUGGGCAAUUGAGGUAUUGACGGAAUACAUGAUGUUCCUUGUGGCUGUCCGUCGACAAAUGCUACCUGGCCUUGUCCUCCACAGCCAGCUGCAGGUAACCCGCAAAACAUUGAGGGAUGAAGUAUGGGUUAAGACUGAAAGGGACAAGCGUUCUAAAAGGUUCCUACCCGGUGAAGGAUUUAUGAUGGAAAACAAAGAAAAGUUAGCCAUGUUCCUGCGACACGUGACUAGGGAGACGCCGCCGGAGCAUGUGAAGGAGGAAGAUUUUAUUCAAAUUAAAGGCAUCGAAGGUACGCGACUUCUCGCGCAUGCAGUAGAGCUUUAUUUUGCCCUAUCAGGCGACAAGAAAGGACCUGAUCUGCCUGAGCCGAGACUAGAUGAUGAUAUGCUGGAGUUCAUCUUCAAUGUGUGGGUGGAUAAGCUGGUCUACGCGGCCGUCCGGUGCAGCAGGGAGGCCCAUGCCACGCAGCUCAGCGCCAGUGGCGACCUCACCACCGUGCUGUGGAUGCUUAUCCAACAUGCUGGCCCGUUUUGCAUAGGAGAAACAAGCAGCAUCUACAUCAUCCUAGGAGAGCUGAGCAAGACUGAGGCCCCUCCCGGCUCACCGCCGCGACCCCUUGAAGGGGAGUCCAAACUAUGUACUACAAUGUAA